CAGCCGGUGACAAGCGGGCAUCAAGUCGACGAAGCAAGAAAGGAUUUGAACUUAAAAGAUUUACACCCUAAAAGCGGAAAAAGGAUCUUUCCGCGGUUUGAAGCCUUCUAUUUCACGCCAUGAACAGCAAGACCGGUAAAGGAGACAAUCAGAGUGCCAUGGAUCCUUCAGCAGAUCAAAGUACACAGCAGGGGUACAUGUAUCAGGAUCAGCCCCCGGCGUAUCCAGGUGUACCCCAACAUUUCACGUAUCCGGGCCAGCCCCAAGUUUACCAGGGCCAGCCCCAAGUUUACCCGGGCCAGCCCCAAGUUUACCAGGGCCAGCCUCAAGUUUACGUGGACCAGCCUCAAGUUUUCCAGGGCCAGCCUCAAGUUUACCAGGACCAGCCUCAAGUUUACCAGGGCCAGCCUCAAGUUUACCAGGGCCAGCCUCAAGUUUACGUGGGCCAGCCUCAAGUUUACCAAGGCCAGCCUCAAGUUUACGUGGGCCAGCCUCAAGUUUACCAGAGCGAGGCUCAAGUGAACCAAAGUCGGUCUGAUAAGCACCGGAACAACCGGAACACGACCGGUGAGAGCGGAAGCAAAUGCCCCAAAUGUUGCUUGAAGACGCGUGACUGCCUGAUGAGCGGCGAGUGCGGCAGAGCCCUCCAGAUCUCCAGCGUCAUCGCCCAGUGCGCUUUGUGUCUUCGCUUUUUAUUUUGUAAGUCUCGUUCCCAGAGAGCGCCAGGCGUGCUCGCCAUUGUGCGGCGUACAAAGGCGGCCAGGCGACUAGGAGGUUUGUUUGGCGUUUAA